CGUUGAACCUGCACACUUCAGAUCUGAAGUCCGCUUCUCCUGCCACUAAGCCACCAUUGUUCAUAAUCCCCACAGAUGGCUCACUGAUGAAGACUGAGAGUGAAUAAAGCUCCAAUCAGCGCUGUCAGCCGGGUGGAAGAAUCUCCUUCACACUUAGUUGCGGGGGAUAAAAUAACGAAUAAAGUGCAGGAGAGGAGAGCCACCUCUCCCCCCAGGGCUGAGAAAUACCCCGAGGACCCCGUGACCCAGUUCGGAUCCAGCGCGCGCAUUUCUCACUCCUCCAGCCUCCCGGACGGUCUGUGCUGCUGUCGGUCAUGUGACCGCCUGCUGUCUGCGCGCAGCCCGGGGAGAGACAGGAGCAUCCUUCACUGCGCGGCUCACUAACGAGGGGGUGUGCACCUGUCGGAUGCACCGCGCGCGCACACACCAGGACAAACCUAUCCGGGACAAGUGAGACAGACCCAGAAACCAAGCAGGCAGCGUGUGGUAAUGGGGACUCUCCGAGACCUCCAAUUUGCCCUGCAGCUAAAGAUUGAGGAGCUUCGCCAGAGGGACACACUCAUAGAUGAAUUGGAGCUGGAGUUGGACACCAAGGAUGAGCUCAUUCGUAGACUGCAGGAAGAGCUGGAUCGCUACAGAGCCACCGUCUCUCUCCCAGGAACGUCUGCAGCCAGCACAGCUUGCGCAGCUCAGAGCGAAAGCAGAGAGCGAUCCAGCAGGAAGACAGUUAUCUGUGAACCCUUGAGCGUGGACCCCGUGACUCUCACCUUUGUUUCACACAGAAACUGUGACAAAAGCCAGGAGUCUCGGAGGCUGAUUCAGGCGGCGUUGGUGAAAAAUGACUUGUUGAAGAACCUUGAUGAAGGAGAAAUGAGCGCCAUCACAGCCUGUAUGUACCGCGCCACCAUCAAUCAGGGCUGUUCUGUCAUUCAGGAAGGGGCCACUGGGGCUCAGGCUUAUGUUUUAGAAGAAGGCAGGCUGGAGGUAACAAAAGAUGGAAACAAGCUUCUCACAGUUGAGCCAGGAGACAUGUGUGGAGAGCUGGCCUUGCUCUACAACUGCAUUCACAUCUACUCUGUCUCAGCACAAACGGACAGCAAGCUGUGGGUUAUCGACCGGCAGAGCUACCAGACCGUGCUUAUGCAGCGAGGUCUCAGCCGUCUCUGCCGUUCGGUGGAGCUGCUUAGCAGCCUCCCCUUCCUGCAGUCGUUGCCAGAGGAUGUCAUCAUGAAAGUGUCUGAUCUCAUGGAGGAGACACAUUACCUGGACGGCGACUACAUCAUUCGACAGGGAGCCACCGGAGACACUUUCUAUAUCAUUAGUAAAGGCCAGGUGACGGUGACAGAAAAGAGGCCAGGCCACGAAGAGCACACAGUGCUAUCGAAGCUCUCCGAGGGCCAGUGGUUUGGAGAAAAAGCUCUGUGGUGCGAAGACAUCCGCACUGUGAAUGUGAUUGCUGCUGGAGAAGUUACGUGCUUGGCAAUAGACAGAGAGGCCUUCAAAGACGUUAUCGAUGGGUUGGCAUUUGACUGCGAUCAGGAGGGGCAGCAGAGCAACGAACCUGAAGUCAAGUCAGACAUGGAUCCGGCUCUGCUCUCAUCUUCCACCCUAAGUGAUUUUCAGAUUAUUUGCACUCUGGGAGUUGGGGAGUUUGGUCACGUAGACCUGGUACAGCUAAAGAGCAAUGUCAAGUGUCUUUUUGGCAUGAGGGUCCUCUCGAAGAAGAUGAUCCUGAAAAAGGCUCAACGAGAACACGUCCUGAAUGAAGGUCGCGUCCUGAUGGAGACUUGCUGUUCCUUCAUUGUCAGGCUGUAUAAAACCUUCAGAGAUCCUGAGCGCCUGUACUUUUUAACAGAGGCAUGUCUUGGCGGAGAUUUAUUGAGUCUACUCAAAGAAAAGGGUUAUUUGGAUGAAUGCAGCACGAGGCUCUACACAGCCUGUGUUGUCAGGGCCUUGACCUUUCUGCACAGUCAAGAUAUCAUCUAUAGAGACGUCAAGCCUGAAAAUGUUAUCCUGGAUGAGCACGGCUACGCCAAACUGACUGGGUCCAGAUGUCUGAAGAAGGUUGAAAUGGGUAAGAAAACCUGGACUUUCUGUGGCACUCCGGGAUUCAUGGCUCCUGAAAUCAUUCUGAACAAAGGCCACGGCGCCUCUGCAGACUUCUGGUCGCUGGGGGUUUUUGUAUUUGAACUUCUGAGUGGUGGGCUCCCAUUCAGCAGCUCCGACCCGAUGAAGAUUCUAACUGCAACCGUGCGCGGCAUCGAUCAGAUCGACUUCCCAAAAAGCAUCAGCAAGAGCGCCUGCAGUCUCAUAAAGAAGCUGUGCAGGAGCAAUCCCUCAGAGAGACUGGGCAGUCGACGAAACGGGGCCAAGGACAUUCAGAAGCACAAAUGGUUUGAAGGAUUCAACUGGGACGGACUCUGUAAAAGAACAGUCACACCACCGGUUAUUCCGAAGGUGAGACACCCUCUGGAAAGCAGUACGUGUCGCUUUUAUACAGAGGACUCCGUGGAGCCGUGCACAAACUGGGAUGACUUCUGACGGAUCUCUGUGAAGUGGAAAAACAAGCUGGAAGAUAACACUUCAUCAUUUUCAGGUUUAGUCCUCAUGAAUAAUUCACUGCCCCAAGUCUUACUGACAUCAAGAAUUAAUUAUAUUUUCAAACCAAAACUAUUUUCCACGGUAUCACUUACCGCAGAUAUUGUUUGAUAAACGAACCGUGCUGCCUACUGUGCUAACCUGAGACUGUUCUGUCGGUGUAAUGUCUCUAUAGAUUCACAAACACUGUUCUGUGAUGCCACUGCAGUUGAAUGUAACCAAAUAAACAAACAGGUUGUUUCGCCCUGUCUUUUCUUUCAU